GUGUAGAACUUCCUUGGAGCUAAUCUCAAUCAAUUAAACAGUCAUCACAUUGCUCUUGGCGCACAACAGUUACCCGGGUCUGUAUGAGUGUGGCACUAGGACCCAUAGCCGAUUUCUCCACCAGUGCGCUACUAUUGCCAAUGAUAGUGCACUUCUUUAACUCCCUUGGUCCAUAGUCUGCACGUGUCUGUCAUCCGAAGUGGAUAUGGCUGCGAACCGGGUCGGGAGGAGAUGUAACAACAAAGUCCAUUCCCCGAGUAGGGGUCCAGGUAGGGACCCAGGGCUUAGCGUGCAGAAGAGGCAAGCAAGGGUCACGGUAAAGUACAACAGAAAGGAGCUCAAAAGACGCUUGGAUGUGGAGAAGUGGAUUGACUGUAGUCUGGACGAGCUCUAUGUGGGCAGGGAGGAAGAGAUGCCAGAGGAGGUGAACAUUGACGAGCUGUUAGACCUGAAGAGUGACGAGGAGAGAACGCACAGGCUCCAGGAAAUGUUUCACACCUGCAAUAACACAGAGAAGUCCUGGUUGGAGGAUUCUGGAUUUUUCCUGCUUAUUCCCUCCUGAUUUCAGGAAUCCUCCAACCUGGAAUUUCGGUGGGAAACCAGGUUUUCAUCAAGGAGCUAUUGUUGAAACUCCACGGUCUGCAGAAACAGGAGGACCUCCACAACGAUGGCAUCGAACAACCCCAGCUACACGUCUUCCCCAACCGGCAAGACUCUCCAGACCGAGAGGUGAUCUGAAGGCCUUGUUAUGUUACCCUUCAAACCCAGCACCCCAUUCCCUAGCCCGAUGUCAUGGACCUUAUCUGAAAACAUGCAUAACAUUGAGUCUUGAGGGUCUAUACACUUUGCGCUACACACUGUCAAAUACACAUUAAAUAGCUAGCCAGAUCUGACCACUUAUUAGAAACAUUGCAGACACCUUAUCUGUCCACACACACCACAAUGCACAGGCAGUCCACGCAACAUUUGGACCUGUACAAUGUCAUAUGAAUUAUGUUUUAUUUUUGUUCACUUAUAAAGUGUCCGAAUUGUGUGAAACAGGAUGCUUCUCUGUUGGGUCGCUACUGCUACUUGUGUUCUGUGUUUCCUCGAAUUGUUCUGCUGUUCUCUCUUUUUUUCCCAGUACAUUGUAUAAUGCUUUUAUUGGAAACCCCAUGAAGGUAUCAACUGUUGGUCUGUGUCUUAUGUUGGGAGAUGCACCUCUGAUUCUGUUUAGCUCAUAAACCAUAGUCGAAGAGUCCAGCAACAUACUGUAGAUACCAGUGUCAGUCUGAAGGUAAGAAAGACCACUGAGCUUUCAUAUAUCCCAAUGGGUUAGUCGAUGGUACCUAGCUACAAGCAGGCCUACCAUCUUUUCAAACUGUAUCAAUCAACAUGAGACAAAAGUUAAUGUGGUCAAGUGGAAGAAAAAAUCUCUCUCUCUCUCUAUAUAUAUAUAUAUAUAUAUAUUAAAAGGGGGAGAAAUAUUGUGUUGUGAUA